AGUCGCUUGGAAUGGAAUUUGACGGGAUUGUUUUGGUUUUGUGUUGAUUUUUCUUGAGAAAGUUGAUAAAAUUGAUAAGAAAUCCCGGGUGGGGUGAAAAAUAGGCGGAAUCGAUAGGAGAUUUAUUUGGUAGAAAGAUGACGUCAAUGUUUGAUCAGUACAAUAAGACCCUGAAGCGGGAUGAGAGCUCAACAAAGAGCAGUUCAGUCACACCAACAACCUCAAGUGGAUACAUUUCAGUCAGGAUGUCCCAGGAAGCGCCAAUCUUCAGUAAAUUGAAGAUGAACAUCUCCAUGCCGCACGUCAUCAAUCACCUGGUUGUCUCCAAUGGGUGGCUGAUGCUCGUGAUGGCUAAUAAUGUGGUCUUCCGGAUGCAACUAACUGACAUAAAUCGUUCAGAUGAAGUUGCCCUGGAGAAGUAUACAGCUGGUCAGGAGAUUGCCAGGGUCUUCCUGGAUCCGCUAGGAGCUCAUCUGCUGAUUGCUCUCGUUCCAAAGUCCACACAAUUUGUUCCGGAACUUCUCUAUCUCCAUCGGAAUCAGAGUAAACCCAAAAGACUCGAUAAGUUCCGCGAUCACGAGAUCACCUGCGUUGCUUUCAACUAUGAGAAUGAUUCGGAGACAUCAACAGGACCCAUUUUGCUGGGUACCAGCCGUGGUCUCAUCUUUGAAAUUGAACUCGCAGUGGAGUCUGAAAAAGUUGUUCACAACAACUGGAAGCAGGUCUUUGACAUCGGACGCAAUGAGAACAUUGGCAUUACUGGGAUUGAGUACUUCCGUGUCCCGAACACCAAUGAAUACAUUGUCCUGGCCACAAGUGUCGAUCGCUUGUACAAAUUCCAGGAAACCAUCAAAUCCGACGAGAGACAACCUCUUCAGAGUAUCUUCAACUCCUACCUGAACGUCCCAGAGGACAUUCAGGAUUUCCAUGAGAUUAAGAAAGCAGCCAAGGGCAAGGCAACAAAACUCCGUGUCUGUUAUGACUACAAAUCCCAUUUCCCGCGUUCCUUUGGAUGGAUCACAGAACCGUGCAUUUUCUACGGCGAAAUGGACUCCAAGUGUGACAAUCCAGCCAGAAUUGUACAAAACAAACAAAUCACCUUGCCAGAGAGUGAAGGAGCAACAGUUCCAGUUGCUUUUGCUCUCACAGAUUUCCACGCAAUCCUCGUCUAUCCUGACCACUUGGCGGCUAUUUCACUUCUAAACUACCAAAUAGUCUAUGAGGAAUUCAUCAGUGAGAAUUUUGGGCCACUCCUGAAUGCAGUCAGGGAUUACCGGGAGAACGUUAUCUACGUCUACAGCACCAAAGUUAUUUUUCGAAUUAAGGUGACAAAGGAGGAGCGCAAUGUGUGGCGGAUUUACAUGGAGAAGGGAGAAUUUGACAGUGCCCUCAAGUAUGCCCGGGAAAAUCCUGCCCACUUGGACAUUGUCCUGCGUCGUCAAGCAGAGCAGUGCUUCACUCGGGCUGAAUUCCUCGAGAGUGCUCGUCUCUAUGCAGAGACGCAGGCAAGCUUCGAGGGAAUCUGCCUGAAAUUCCUGGAAAUCAAUGAGAAUGAAGCUCUGAUGAUCUUCCUGAAGAAGCGUCUCGAGGGGCUUAAAGCGCAGGAUAAGAGUCAGAUUACAAUGCUCGUGGUGUGGAUGGUGGAGCUGUAUCUCACGGAAAUAGCCCGAAAGAGUGAGCAUCAGGAUCAAGUGCGUGUCCUUCAGAGAGAUUUUGAUGCAUUCAUGAACACCCCGAGGGUGGUGGAGUGCAUGAAGACAAAUCGUGGGGUUAUCUAUGAUCUCAUGGCAUCACACGGAGAUUCCCACAACUUGGCCACCUUGGCGGGUGUUAAUCGCGACUUUGAGAAUGUUGUCAAUCAGCACAUUGCUCAGGGGAAGUUCUUGGAAGCUCUCGCGGUGCUCCGAAGUCAAAAUCGUCCUGAAUUGUUUUACAAAUACGCCCCAAUUCUCAUGGAGGACAUUCCCAGGGAGACAAUUGCUGCUGCCAUGGUGCAAGGAAAGCGUCUGGAUGCCGUGAAACUCCUGCCCACGUUGAUUGUCAUUGAGAGCGAUACGCAUGUGGCUGAGAUAAUAAGAUACUUGGAAUUCUGCGUUCAUUCCAUGGGAUGUACUGAGACAGCAAUUCAUAAUUUCCUCAUUCAACUCUAUGCCCAGCAUCGGGCUGAGAAGUUGAUGAUUUUCCUAGAGACGCAGGGAAAGGAUAUCUCGAUGAUUCACUACGACGUCCAUUAUGCUCUUCGGGUAUGUCGGCAGCACAAUGUCCCCGAGGCUUGUGUCUUCCUGCAGUGUCUCCUGGAAAUGUGGCACCAAGCGGUUGAACUGGCACUCACAGUUAAUACAAAACUAGCCCAACAUACAGCCUCAAUGGCCCCGGAUAAGGAUCUGCGGCGAAAAUUGUGGUUACGUAUUGCGGAGCAUGAAAUCCGUGGCCGGGAAGAUGUCAAAGAAGCCCUGGAGUUGCUUCAGGAAUGUGAUCUGCUGCGAAUUGAAGACCUCCUUCCCUUCUUCUCUGACUUUGAGCGCAUUGAUCACUUCAAGGAUGCCAUUUGUGAUGCCCUCAAGGAGUACAAUCUCAAAAUCCAGGAACAGCGACGAGAUAUGGAUGAAUCAGCAAAGUCGGCGGAAAAAGUCCGCUCUGAGCUACAGACAUUCCGUAAUAGAUCAGUUACGAUUUCCCCGGCGGAUUUAUGCUCAAUUUGCAGUGCUUGCAUCCUCAUAAGACCCUUCUUUCUCUUCCCGUGCGGUCAUAAAUUCCACGAGGAUUGCCUGGAGAAGCAUCUAACGCCACAACUUAGUCCCGAAGUGGCGCAACGGCUUUCAGGGCUGAAAAUGCGACUCAGUAUGCUCGGAGCGGGUCAGACAGUGUCUGGAAGUGAUGCUCAGGGAGCCAGAGAAGCUUUAAAGGAAGAAAUUCAGAGUAUUACAGCAUCUGAUUGUGUCUUUUGUGGCGAGAUGACGAUCGAAACUAUCGAUAAGCCCUUUAUCAGUGAUUGGGAUAGAGUCCGCAAUGAUUGGGAGUAAAAACAAACAAAAGGUAAAAAAAUAAAAUAAAUUUAUUCCAAAAUAACAUUUAAAAUGCCAGCAAUUGUGAAUAUACAUCUUUUUUUUUAGCAAACUAUCUUGUUGAUAUGAGUUUAAUAGUUAAUAUUUUGUAUCUAUUCAUAAACAUUUUGUUAAAUAAAAUAUUUAUUAUAUCGCUUAAAA